GCAAGCUGCACGCAGGCUUAGGCCCCUUGAACUCGGGUCCCUGCAAGCCGGUCGGGCGUCUGGGCGCAGCAUCUCUAUCGCAUGAAUGCAACUAUGACCGCUCCUCCCCGUGUGAGCUGCAAAAAUGGCAUGCCUUAGCUCAAAGCAACAUUAAGCAGCUCUGCACCAAUGCCAGACGACGCGACACCAAAGACCAGCGCGGCCGGCGCCGGCCUCGCUUCGGGAGUAGCACAGGUCCUCGCCGAGCACCCGUUGGACACGAUUAAGAUACGGCUCCAGAGCCGCGCUUUGGCUUUUGAUGUCCUGGAGGGGCCGCGCGCCGUCGCAUCAAAGGCGCUAAGUGAAGAAGGCGUCUCGGCGCUCUUCCGCGGGCUGGUCCCGCGGCUCCUGACGUACGCGCCAGUGAAGAGCACACUCUUCGCGCAGUACGACUUUUACGGAGGUACGCCAUGGGCCGGCGCUUUGGCAGGAGGCUGCAAUACGCUGCUAUCGUGCCCCGUCGACGCGUUAAAGAGUCGAGUGCAGACGCGCCAAGAUACGCUUAGUUGGCAUGUGGUGAUGCGGCAGAUGUAUCGUGAGGGAGGUUUGAAUGCUUUCUACCGCGGCUGGCUGCCCUUAUUUUGUAGAGAUGUACCGGGCUACUUUUUGCUGUUCGGUGUUUACGACUACGGCCGCGAGCUACCACAACCGCUCGUCGGCGCGGCCGCCGGCGUCGCGUUCUACGGCUCGACGCUACCCAUCGACCGCGUCAAGACGAUCAUGAUGACGCAGGACCUCCGUCGCCCGACAUUCGCAUCUCCCGUCGACUGCGCGCGCGACAUCUACCGACGGGACGGGUUGAGGGGCUUCUACCGGGCGUCGCUGCCGACAUUACUAAGGACGGCGUGCGGCCAGGCCGUCGCGCUGACGGUCUAUGGGUUGAUGAGGUGAACGCGCGGCCCGGCGUCUUAUUCUUCGUGUAUCGGGGGGCAACGACGACAACCGAGGCAUUUUCAAUACGUAGAGAGCGCCCGAACAAAGCACUUUUCAGAGGGCGCGCGUGAUCGCCCUUUUCUAGUAAGCCGAGCCCCCUCGCGCGGCCGGCGGCGUGGUAGACGUCGCGUCGAUGGCGUGGCGGUCGACGCGAUAAUUCCCCCCAGGUGGCCACGUUCCGCGACGCCGUCGCUGCCUUGUACGAGCCGCGGGCCCACCGCCUCGACGCGCCGCGAGGACGGGUUGGCGGCGACGGUCCCGCGCGCAGGUUUUUAUUGUGUAAAUUGUAGUAACUAUCUAUGAAU